UGACGUGGAGGAAAAAAAGGAAGGGUACCAGCGGGGAGGGGGGCUGGUGCUUGCCCUGCUGUGGUGACGCACGGUGGGGCCAGCCCUGUCUGUGACAUUUGUGCAGACCCAGCUUGGGUAGAGGCCACCCCGCCGAGAUGUCCCAGCUGGCGCCUUCGCCUGUCUCUGCUGCUGUCUGCAUCAUCCUCCUGCUCAGCUCUUCCUGGGUCGGCUCGGCCACCCAGUUCUCUCCAAUGCGUAAAAAAGGUCGGGUCCUGAUCCCUCUCACUCCCCAAGAAGAAGCCACGUGCCCCAGUGCCUCUGUGGAAGGUUUUCUCAACAGCACCCUCACCACCCGCCUCCUCCCUGCCCUCUACUCCGUGGUCCUGCUCGUGGGGCUGCCGGCCAACGCUCUGGCCUGCUGGGUCCUGGUGACCAACUUCAAGAGAUGUUCCAGCAGCGUCUUCCUGCUCAACCUGGCCAGUGCUGACCUGCUCUUUGUCCUCCUGCUGCCUUUCAAGAUCUCCUACCACCUCUUGGGCAAUCACUGGCUCUUUGGGGAGUACCUGUGUCGCACCAUGGUAGCCUUCUUCUACGGGAACAUGUAUAGCUCCAUCCUCUUCUUCACUUGCAUCGGCCUGGAGCGCUACAUCUCUGUGGUGCACCCUUUUCUGUGGAAGGGCUCCAAUCAGAUGCGGAGCAAGGUGGGCAUCUGUGUGGGCAUCUGGCUGGUGGUGGGGCUGGGCAUGAGCCCUCUGCUUUUUCACCCCCAGACAAGUCAGAUCUCGAGUCUGAACAUCACAACAUGCCACGAUGUUCUAGGGAAGAAUGAGCACACGUUCCUCGUCUACUAUUUCCUCUCCCUGGUGGGGCUGGGCUUUGGUUUGCCCUUCGUGCUCAUGACCAUCUCCUACAGCUGCAUCCUGGUGCGGCUGCUGGCCAAGGGGAGACGCUAUAGGCAGGUGGUGCGUGUCCUGGCCCUGGUCCUCCUGGUCUUCAUCCUCUGCUUCACCCCCAGCAACGUGCUGCUCUUCAUCCAUUACAUGCUGGAGCCUACGGGGUGCAACAACAUCACCUACAUUUUGUACACCCUGGCCCUGGUGCUUGGUGCCUUCAGCAACUGCUUCGAUCCUUUCAUCUACUUCUACGUCUCUCGGGAUUUUCGGAGCUGGGUCCGGGGUGUAGGCAGCUGCUGUCUGCGGGGGCUUGAGAUUUCGAUGGGGAGAACCUCAGGGAAGGCAGCCUUACCCUUGAGGUCCAGUGACCAGAGCCAGCUCUAGGCCAGGCUAGUGGGUGCCGGGCUGUGUCCCCCUGUCCUGGGGACAGGGGAUCCUGCAGCUUGGUGCCCAGCGUGAAGGACUGGUGCCCAGGCUGGCAGCAGAUUUGGGCAUAAAAUCCUGCCCUGGAUUUGAGCUUCACUAGGACUUUGCCCUACUUUUGCAGUUUCUCUGAUGCCACCGGCGCUGUCCCUCAGACGGGUGCCUGGUCCCGUCACCCCCAUCUCCCCGCUUGCUGGACCCUGGCAUCCCUCACCACCCCUCCUGCAGAGACCAAACUCUCCAGAGCACAAAUAAACCUUUAUUUCUCCCUGCUGGUGGAAGGAA